UUUAAACAACCAAAAACAAAUCGUGGUACUAUAGUACAUUCUCAAAAACCAUUGCACUACCAUAUAAAUGGUACUUUUACUCAUUUAUUAUUUCGGUAUUUUUGUAAAUACCGUACCGUGGUAUGACCGUGGUAUCAUCGGUUGUUUUUGUCCGCAUGUGUCUGUUAUUCCAGAUGAUCGUGACGCAGGAGUUUCUCAUCAAGCUAAUGGAUCUGAUGUGAUCUGAUCCAUUCAAACUCUCGCAGAAGAUCCGAUCACUAACAGAUCUGAACGCGCGCGCGCGUGUGUGUGUGUGUGUGUGUUCGCCGUUUCGCGUCUGUUUCGCGUUAUUGCGGCUGGAAACAAACAUCUGCUCAAAUCGAGCGAACGCGUGUUUUUCAGACAUGAUGUAGAAACAUCCGGUCCGCAGGUGAGACAUCUGAUGCUGCGCGCGACAGUCCAACACGAGCCGAUCUGUGCUGGACCUGCGAGGAAGAUCAUGAGGAUGGUGGUGGAGUGAAGAAGAUGGUGGAAUGAUCUAUGGACUAUUGUGAUGAAGAUGAUGUUUAUGCUCUGUGAUGUGAUGAAGAUAAUGGUGAAAUGAUCUUCUGUUUGUGAAUAUGAUCUCUGGGCUGUGAGGAAGAUGAUGUUUAUGGUGUCUGGAGCGGUUCUGGUGCUGGCCAUCGUGUGCAUGUCCGAUAUGAACGCACUUCUGGACCGAUUUCACAACUUCAUCCUACCGCGCAUGCGCGGACCCGAGCGCGUGUGUCACUGCACCUGUGGCAGACAUCAUGUGGAAUAUGUGAUCCCAUACGAGGGCUCCGUCUCGAGGGACUACAUCGGUUCCUCUGCUGGUUCCAGUGUGAGUAAACAGGAACUGGACCUGGUUCUGGGUCUGCUGAUGGGUUUCUGUAUCAGUUGGUUUCUGCUGUGGCUGGAUGGAGUACUUCACUGCGCUCUGAGGAUCUGGAGAUCCAGCAGACAUAACAGUGCAGAUGGCGAGUUGUGGCGCUCGUGGCGUUGGGUCUCUCGUGUGUGUAACAUCAGAGAGCUGCGCAGACGUCUGCAAACGCGCCGGACGGAAGACUCUGGGAAUAAUGUGAUCCACGUCAAACAGAAGCUUUACCACAACGGCCACCCGAGUCCACGGCGACUCUGACACUCACAGAGCGGGUUCUAAAUACAGCAGCCGAUCACGGACUUCAUUUUGACUCUCGCAUCCAGCAAGUUUUUAUUGUUUGUAGUUUAAAAUCGGACGCUGCACUCUUCUGCUGGAUUCUCUUUGACGAUUCUGUUUUUUGCUUGCUGUGUGUUUUUCACAGGUUUUGUGAGUGUUCGUUUUGUAGGGAUUACACAUCAUGGGAGUAUUUGCAUUUUUUAGAUGAAUAUAUGUGUUCCGGGUAACAGUGUCUGUUUUAAAAACACAGCAUGCUGGUAAUGUUUAGUAAAAAGAUUUAGUUUGAGGUCAGAUGUAUUUUUGAGGAUUUUGAUGUUUAGAUGAUGUUUUGAGAUCUUUUUGUGAUGUUUGAAGACUAGAGAUCUUCAUUCCGAGUCAAACUGCUGCUGUAAAUUGUGUUUGUGUUACAUUAAAGUGACUCGU